AUGACGUCAUGUCCAACCAUUACUCAAGAGAAUGGCGACACUGUGCAAUACAUACCGAAACUCCUAACACCUGAUCUGGAUUGGAUAACUCAAGAGAUAUCCAAAGAUCAUGAGAUUUCUGAGAAUGCUCGUCAUUAUUUUUGCACUGAACCAGCAUGUCUUUCGAACCCUUGCCUGCAUGGAGGAACUUGUGAGGAAACAGAAAUUGGAUUCUCUUGUAUCUGCAUCAAUGGUUACCAGGGUAACAGAUGCGAGAAUGACAUGAAUAUCCUGUCUGUAAAGCUUCUUGGUGAUAAUGUAUCCGAGGGACCACUCGCUCUGACAUCCCGUCCGCGCUCUAACACGUAUGUCUUGAUACAUCAACAACAAUGGAACAUGAAUCUUUCUCAGCUGGCAUGUCAGUACCUAGGUUUUGAAGGAGUAUUUGCUACUGUAAGUGGUGCGGUGUAUGAGUUCAUCGCCCCUUCUGAGGUUGUAUCAGUGGUGUGUCCUGAUGACGUCAUGAACAUAACUGAGUGCUGGUACGAGACUAGAGUUGGUGGAAUCAACGAAAGCGAGACUAUAGCCGUAAUAUGUUGCCCUGUGAACUCGUGUAAUGUAUCUGGUAGACCUCUAGGCCUUGAAAGUGGUGCGUUGCCUGAUUCGGCAAUAUCUGAGUCGGGCUGCUUUGGAACUAACAUGCACUGCGGUCGUUCUGGUCGGUUAAACGCUCUAUCUACCUGGAUUCCAUUCUAUUCCAAUGAGUAUCAAUGGAUGCAGGUCCAAUUCGAGUCCAGUUAUAUCAUAACGGCUGUAACCGUUCAGGGAAGGCACGAAGUCCUUCAGUGGGUCACAUCAUUUAUUGUUUCUUCUAGUUUGGACACCAUUACCUGGACUGAUUACCUAAGUGUGUACUCUGGAUCAGUCGAGGUAUUUCCAGGAAAUUAUGACAAAGAUAGCCACGUGACUCAUAUGUUCAUUAGACCAAUCGCUGGGCGAUCAUUUCGGGUUCAUCCAAAGACAUUUUACGGACAUAUAGCUAUGAGGAUGGAACUAUUUGGUCUUGGACCUGUAACAGAUAUUAUUGCGGCAUUCAAUGUCGAUGGAAAGCAUGGUUGCCGUCCUCUGCUAGGUGAGGGACUCGGCGUAGAAGACGGUCGUAUACCAGACAGCAGUUUAACUUCUUCAUCGGUCUGGGGACUCGGUCAUGAACCGUACAGAGGAAGACUUAACAAACCCGAAUUUUCAGGCAGUGUUGGGGCAUGGGUCGCCGUUGAUGCGGAUAGCAACAAAUGGGUGAAAGACAUCUUUCACAUCGAUCCUAGACAAGACUAA